AGAAUAGAUUCAGGAAGGCGGGAUUGCAUUAUCAUUCCUUACUGCAUCGUGGCUAUUUAUUCUACCUCAAUGGAUUUGGGUUCUGAGGAUAUUUAUCUGGUUAAACUAUUUGCUGGGAUUGUUCGAAGGAAGCCAUGGAGAUCUAUUCUAUUUGAACAUAGAAUGACUAUUUCUUGUAAUUAUCUAUAAACAUAAAGUACCUGAGUUUGAAGAGACAGUUCGUGAAGAAAAAAUGUCUACUGACAAAGUUCUUUUGACUUACAAGCGGAAACGCUCAUCUUUUCAAACUGAUUUUAUUCAUGACACAAAAGCAACCAAUUUAUCUUCUAAUAUUCAAAGGGGAUCAUCAUGGAUAUCCAGUCCUAAGUUUGAGUGCAAUGCAAAUGCUGAGAAACUCAACGAUCAUCAUUCAGAAAAAUGUCAAUGCUCUGCUUGCAAUAGCAGAUAUGGAUUCACCAACUCUUUGCAGCAACAAGUUCCAGCAACCAAAGGAAUGACACAAAGUCAAAUAACCGAGCAAAGUGAUACGGUGCCUAUGGUACUUCACUCCAGCAGGGUACUGAGCAGUAUAAAGGUUGAGAAUAGCUCGGUGCAGACAAACUCUCCCAUCGUAUGCGGAUCUCAGAGUAGAAUAGGAGAUAUUGUUCUGAUGGAUCGUUUGGGCAGAAAAACUGGACUUGGCUACAGGACAUGUGCUGAAGAGAGCUCAACAACUCCAUUGGCAGUUCAUGAUGAAAUGGGUAACCCGAUAAAUUUGAAUGUGAAUUUAACUAGUGAGGGAGAAGGAUACAGUUCUGGAUGUCCAGAAGUUGGUGAUAACAAUGAUAACGUGUUGCUUAAUGAUGGAGCUUUAAAGGAACAUUCCUGUGGCCAACUUAUUACUUUUUCAAGAAGAACAAAAACGAAACAGGAUGCAGGUGAAAAGUUAACGGACAAAAAUUUGAAAAUUGUGGAGAAACAGAGUUUUUCUACCAUAUGUAGCAGUCGUGUUUUAGGAGCUAACAUAAGUUGUGAAGGCUCAUCUCAUAAGUGUAUCUUUGAGGAACAGGUUAACAGUAACCCUAUUUUACUUCAAAAUUGUGUGGUCCCGUCUUUGCAAGUAGAUGUUGCAUAUGAGAUGGCUAAUUUCAAGGUAGAUGCCUCAUCAGAUAAUACUGCAGAAGAGCGUACUGGAUCAAAGAUCCAUGAGAGAUCAGAAACAAGUUCUGGGUUUCUAGUGCCACCCAUAUCUUCAGUGGAUGCUCGUGAAGUACCAUCUAAAGAAUUAUUAACCGUACAACCGGUUUUUGUUGCCAAAGAUUUCAUUUCCCCCAUAAAUACCGAACCAUCAAAUUUAGCUAAUAAUGCCCUUAUUUUAAGCGUUGAGGAAUCUACAAGCAAGUUGAUCAUAGCUACAACCAACUGUGAGAGAAUCACCAGUCUUUCAGAGGAGAGGAACUCUCUUGCUGGUCUUGAUCUAUCUGUUGCACCUUCAUCUGUUUGUCAAAUGAACCUAAACCUUGAAGCAGAUAUACAAUCUGACGAUGUUAUGCUCGAAAAUCAUAGAGAUUCUCAAGGCUCGUCGACUCCGUGCUGCUCCCUUGUUUUCACGGAUGAAGAAAAUGACGCGAAAAGCAAAGAAAUAGAAUGGUUGGAAAGCCUCGAUUAUGCAUUAAGGGAGAAAAAGAAAGAAAGAGGUACAUGCUCAUUGACAGCGGACAGCAUUUCCGUGAUGCCGAGCAAGCCAGCUGAGCGAUCUGCGAAUAGUAAGAACAUAGGAAUUGAUUUCGUGGAUCAAUUAACCGCAUUACCAGAAAAGCAUCUGCCGGCAAAUUUUCAUAAUCGUAGCUGUAAACAGCAAAUAAAAACUGAAAAAUUCACUUCUUUUACUGAUUUUCUGGGCUGCUGUUUGCCUUCAAAUCCCAAUAUACCAUUGGACUUGAACACCACAGCGGCACCCACUGGCUCUCAUUUUUGUUCCAAUGGGACUGCAUCAUUGUUCACCGCUAAGCAUAUAACUCAAAAUUCUGCAGCUGAAAUUUUGUUAAAUGGAAAGCGAGCUUCUUUAUCAGAUAAGCCAAAGAAAUAUUUUAGCGAAUGGUCAGAAGAAGAGCUGGAUUUUCUUUGGAUUGGUGUGAGAAGACAUGGAGUAGAUAACUGGAAUGCCAUUUUAAGAGAUCCAAAAUUGCAAUUUUUACAGUCAAGGUUCCCUGAGGAUCUGGCAUUGCAAUGGGAACUAGAGCAGAAGAAGCUCUUAAAUGGCUUCCUUCUUCCUCCGGCAAGGCUUUCCAAGCCAAAUACACUCUCUACUCGAUUAUUGGAACCUCACUAUACUCCUAAACCUCAUCCAUAUCCAGAGAAUCCUCAUUUUACCGAAACAAGACUCUCUCUUGGAGAUGUCUACCUUCGCAAGGAGAGCACCACGAGAAGUUCGCUCGGAUUUGUCCUUCCUCCAACAAAUAGCGAGAGUUCGUCUUCCGCUCCCUUGCUCGGCAGCUUCUUGUCAAUGUCCUUAUUUCCCGGCGCUGCAUUAAGACAUAAAACUUUCUGUGGUGGAUCAAUGUCAGCAAUGUAUCAAAUGGAUCAUGGUUUUCACAAACAGUUCAGAGAAAGAUCAGGGAGUCAACAGAAGCCGGCAGGUGCAGAUCUCCCUCAUUGGCUUAAAGAUCUCAGGGGACGAGGAAUCCUGAAAAGGAAAAGUAUGGCUUCUGGGAAAAAGAGUGGCGUCAUGAAGACUGAAGAAGCAUCAGCAUCCAUUGAGGAGUCUGGAUGUGAAAGGCCUGCAAUAGGUAUUGGAGCUUCUUCUCAUCAGAAAAAUAUAAUUGAUUUGAGCAAUAAUGUUACAGAUUCUGCUAUACCAAAUGAUUUGGUUGUUUUAGAUAGUGAUGCGUCUUCUGAGGAAACAAUAUCAGAUGAUCAAAACAGGAGGCCAUAGCAGAGCAGGAUCCAAAUCGGAUAGAUUGAGGAAAUAUUUCUGCAGGAUUUUGUAAUUCCUGUGCAGUUUUGUUGUAUGUAUGUGAUGUACAAUUGUUUUAUGAGAAUCUACGAAUUUAGUUGGUUAAAGGGUUAUUGAUAGACCUUAUUGGGAACGCAAAGGAUUUUAGGUGUAUGAACAAGAGGUUUUA